AUGAGUCUGAAACACCACCGGACCCUCAUCCUGGACACCCUGGUCCAAGCCUCCUUCAUGCCAUCUGCAGAUGAGGCGAUGACAGAGGGCAUAAUAUCUCUGGCCAAGGUCCUCAGCCAGUUAGGGACCAGAACAGGGCCCGUCAUUUUGGCUGUAGGGAUGCACGUCAGAGCCUUUUUCGACCACAAGGAUGAUGCCCUGCGCACAGCCUCAUUUGCCUUGUUCGGCACCUUGGCAGGGUGCCUCAGAAAAAGAUGGCACACUUGGUAUAAAACCCAGGUGAGGCAGAGCUGGGCAGCGCUGCUGCUGCACCUGCAGGACCCCAACAAGGAGGUGGCCAAGGAGUGCAGAAGAGCUGUGGGCCUCUGCUGCCCUUACCUGGGGCUCAGGAGGGUGCAGGGAGUCCUGGCCUUUUAUGUGCAGGGGUCAGGAGAGGUGCGGGUCAAUGCCCUGCUGCGAGACCUUUGCAGGCACUUGGUCAAAGAAAAACCGGCACUCCUGGAGGGUCUGUGCUACAGGACCAGGAGGUACUACACCAGCUCCUGGCCAGAGAUCCGGGCAGCAGCAAUCAAUUUUACUGGCAUCACGCUGGAGUACAGCAGCCCAGGGACUACCAGGUGGCUGAACAUCGCCCACUUGCAGAGCUCUCUGAGGUCUCUGGAGAAAGACUCGUCACCACCAGUCCAAGUCGUGGCCACCCAGGUGCUGGAGGCAAUCUCUAAAAGUCCUUGGGGAAGGGUACAAUCUCCAAAUGAACACCAUGGGCGUACUCUGCCCCGUAUAUUUUCUGGUUUUUGCUUUGGGUGCCUGAGGCCCUGCACAAAUUGAGAGCAAGCUGCUACACAUGCAUGUGUGUGCACACGCACGAUUUCUGUAAAUAAAUUCUG